GUCGUGACGCAGCACGCUACCAGCAGUCCUAACGGGGCGGGGCUCGUAAACAGAGGAAUCGGAAUAAAGGAUCGUGCAGAAAUUUAGCCUAAAGUGUUUCCGUUUUCCCGACACGUAAAAGAUAAAUCUCCUGUGAUGCCGAUUCGCCGAGCAGCAGCGACUCCGACCCAGGAGAAGGCCCCCUCCGCUGCAGCAGAGAAAGAACCUGAAGCCUCUUCAGAGGAGUCACCUGCUGCUGACGAGGAGCAGGCUGCAUCAUCGACCGCGACUGCCGAGGGCGACCAGGGCAGCGCUGCGGGCAAGACUGCGUCCGCGGAGAACAGCGAAAAGGCCAACGGCGCGGCAGCGGAGAAGGAAGGAGAUGGGAAAGAGAAGAAAGAUGACAAAUGCAAGGACUGCGCGGCUGGACAGUGCGCAACACACUGCUAUGUUCUCCUAUUAAGGUUGAAGGAUGGCUACAAGUACGAGAAGUCUAAAGUCAAGAAGGUGAAACGGACGAUUCCUGCGUGGGCUAGUGUCACUGCAAGCAAAAAGGUCCCUGUUACCAACUUUGCCGGCACUCAGAACAAAGUGGAUAACAUCCUCAUUGAAGCUAUCACGUCUUGCAAUGACAGGUCUGGGGUUUCGUAUCAAUCUGUCAUGAAAUAUAUCGUGAAAAAAUACCCAGGGAUGGAGCUCGACAGGAAGAAGUUUCUCAUCAAGAAGGCGAUGAAGAAACAUUUGGAGAAGGGAACCAUUAAACAGCUGAAGGGUAAAGGUCUUUCAGGAACCUUUACCAUUGGGAAGCAGACUCCCCUCUCUAAGAAAGCUGCUCUGAAGCAGGAAUCUCUGGGAGACGCUCUUCCUCUCAUCAUCACUCGGCUCUGUGAGCCCAAAGAGGCCUCCUACAACCUGAUCAAGAAGUACCUGGAGCAGCAUUUUCCCAGCUUUAACAUCGAAAACAGGCCAGAAGUCUUGAAGUCUGCCCUGGUGAGAGCUGUUGAAAAAGGACAGCUGGAGCAAAUCACUGGGAAAGGAGCAAGAGGGACUUUUCAGCUGAAGCGCACUGGCAACAAGGUCCUGCUGAAGGGUGGAACCUUGGAGGACGCCAUCACCGCAGCUAUCACAGCCAUGAAUGAACCUAAAACCUGCAGCACAACAACUCUACGACGAUACCUAUUAGACGCCAACAAGGACAGAAAGGAGUACCAGUUAGUGGCCAAUCUAAGGAGGACCCUGACGAAGUGUAAAGUGCUCGGAUGGAUGGAGCAGAUUACCGGUCACGGCUUCAAUGGGACCUACCAGUUGUCAUUUCCUUUCUACCCGAGUCCCACCAUCUUGUACCCAGACAAGUUCAAAGAAGUUCCAAAGAAAGAUGCUGCCCCUCCAGCUAAGCGAAGGCGAACAGUUGAAUCUUCAGAUGAAGAAGAGGAAGAGUCAGAAGAAGAGGAAGAGUCUGAGGAUGAAGCCCCACCCCCUAAGAGGAAAUCUCAAAAGAGGCCUCCACCCAAGGCUCGCCGUCCUCCUCCACCCAAGAAAUCUCCGAGCUCCAGUCAGUCAAAAGCUAAAGGCAGAGGACGUCCGCUCGCAAAGAAGUCUCCAGCCAAGAAAGCAGUGUCUUCAGCCAAAAGGUCAGUAAAGAAGCAGUCGGCUUCUAAGAAGGAAUCAGAAUCGCCAUCUAAAGCCACGCCUGUCAAGAGAGGUGCCCCUGCAAAAAAGCCCAAAACACCAGCUGUGAAAAAGCUAAACAAAAGGGGGUCCAAGCGACCUGUGUCCAGGGAGUCGUCCCCCGAGGAGCCCGUAGCCACGAAGGAGACAACAAGGAGCGGUUCCAAGCGCUCUAAGGCCGAAGAGUCGCCCCCGGAGGCGCCUGCACCUAAAAAGCAAGCGACCAAAGGUGGAUCCAAACGACCUGAGCCCGAGGAGGAAUCCCCCGCAGAGCCUGCAGUGAAAAAGGGGGCCAAGAGCAGCAAGCAGUCUGCUCGCAAGUCUAAGAGAGGGAAAUACUGAACCCAGGAGCACCUUCCACAAACUGGGCUGAAUAUGCAGCAGUCUGCCGCUUUAGUUUCAGUGCUCUCUCUUUAUAUCAUUGUUUUCUCCCUCUUUAAUGGGGCCGUAGGUUUUUUUUUUUUUUUUUUUUUUAAUUGUAGAAUAAGAACAUUAUCCUACCAGUUAACUGUAUUUUGAGAGUUUCUGAAUUUAAUUUUUUUAAUCACCAUAUGUAGAAAAGCUCCGUUAGUGUUACCGGUGAAGCUGCCAUCUCGGGAAAGUGUAGGAACAUCGAGCAUACUGUAAAACUAGAGCCACGUAGUGACUUCAGUUUUGUUAUGUUUUUUUUUGUUUGUUUGUUUUUGUUUUUUAAAAAACAUGUUCCUCAUUUACUCUGUAGGUGCUGGCAUCACACAUUCCUAAUCUCAAAUCAAAGAUCAGUGUUUUGGAGGAGUGAAAAUGGUGUCAGUUUUAGGUUUAAAAGUAGGUUUAAAAGUUCAAAAGCUUACUAAUGAUAUUACAUUGUAAAACGCAGAAGUUAAGGCUGCUGGCUUUUGUCCCAGGAUUAAAUUAAACUUCGGUCAUGCACUACUGCAUCCAAAUCUGAACUUUUAUCCGUAUUUAUCGUUUAUAUGAUUUCAUUCUUUAUUAUUACCAAUAAUUUAUAUUUGGUUAUUUAAACAGAUAUACCCCCUGGAAAAGAUUAGGCCUGCAGGUGCCAAGUUGAGAAUAAAUUACUGUUAGUAUUCAAGUCAUACUAAGGAAAAAAUGUCAUUUUGAGGUGUGUGUGUGUGUGUGUGUGUGUGUGCGUGCGUGCGCGUGUGUGCGUGUAUGUGUGUAAGCGAGCAUAUACAUAAAUUGAUUUUUAUUGCUUCACUUCUGUAUUCAGUACCAAACUGUAAGAACUGUGUGUUGUGAAUAAGAAAAAGGAGGAUAAUAGCUCAUAACUUCCCUGCAUGCAUGUAUCCCUUGUGUUGUUAAGCUUUUUUCCAAGUCAUUAAUAAAAUGGCUAUAUUUGUA